AUGGCCACUGGCUUGCUUCUUUUUGUAUGCCUGCUGUCCAUCGAGCAUGCCUCCCUCACUCGUGCUGCCAACAUAACCGUAGAGUGCCCGUCCUCUACCUUUGCAUGCAAGACGACCGACGACUGCGUCCAUCUAAGCCAGCGGUGUGACGGGUUCCGGUCCCAUUGUCCGGACGGUUCCGAUGAAGAGUGCACGACUCCGGACUGUGUGUCCCCAGACGUUUUCAGCUGUAAUAUUGACGACCGCUGCUUCUCUCUCUCCCGAGUGUGUAAUGGAGUAGAAAACUGUCCCGACGGCUCCGAUGAGGUAGAUUGCAUGUUAAAAGAGUGUCCCUUACCAGGCUAUUUCAAGUGUGUAGGUAGUGCCACUUGUUUCCCGCCAGUGUGGCAAUGUGACGGGUGGGAUGAUUGUGAAGACGGCUCAGAUGAGAAAGAUUGCACUAGCAAAGAGUGCUACAACUCCUACGAUCUCAAGUGUGAAAGUAGUGGAGUAUGUUUCUCUCCAUUGAAGCAAUGUGACGGUUUUGACGAUUGUGCAGACGGUUCAGAUGAGGAAAACUGCACCAGCAUUGAGUGUCCCUCGCCCGAGUAUUUUAAGUGUGAAAGUAGUGGUAUUUGUGUCGCACCACAUCGGCAAUGUGACGGUGUGGCUGAUUGUCUAGACGGUUCAGAUGAGGAAAAUUGUACCAGCAUUGAAUGUCCCUCUCCCGAGUAUUUCAAGUGUGAAAGUAGUGGAACAUGUGUCCCACCAGAGUGGCAAUGUGACGGUUUUGACGAUUGUUCAGACGGUUCAGAUGAGGAAAAUUGCCCCAGCACUGGCAAUGAGUGUCCCUCGCCCGAGUAUUUCAAGUGUGAAAGUACUGGAGCAUGUGUCCCACCAGAGUGGCAAUGUGACGGUUUUGACGAUUGUUCAGACGGUUCAGAUGAGGACAAUUGCCCAAGCACUGGCACUGAGUGUCCCUCGCCCGACUAUUUUCAGUGUGAAAGCAGUAGUUUUUGUGUCCCACCAGAGUGGCAAUGUGACGGUUUUGACGAUUGUUCAGACGGUUCAGAUGAGGACAAUUGCCCAAGCACUGGCACUGAGUGUCCCUCGCCCGACUAUUUUCAGUGUGAAAGCAGUAGUUUUUGUGUCCCACCAGAGUGGCAAUGUGACGUUUUUGACGAUUGUUCAGACGGUUCAGAUGAGGAAAACUGCGCCAGCAUUGAAUGUCCCUCGCCCGAGGAUUUUAAGUGUGAAAGUAGUGGAGCAUGUGUCCCACCAGAGUGGCAAUGUGACGGUUUUGACGAUUGUUCAGACGGUUCAGAUGAGGAAAAAUGCGUCAGAAUUGAGUGUCCCUCGCCCGAGGAUUUUAAGUGUAAAAGUAGUGGUAUUUGUGUCGCAGCACAUCGGCAAUGUGACGGUGAUGAUGAUUGUCUAGACGGUUCAGAUGAGGAAAAUUGUACCAGCAUUGAAUGUCCCUCUCCCGAGUAUUUCAAGUGUGAAAUUAGUGGAGCAUGUGUCCCACCAGAGUGGCAAUGUGACGGUUUUGACGAUUGUGAAGAUGGUUCAGAUGAGGAAAACUGCACCAGCAUUGAGUGCCCCUCUCCCGAGGAUUUCAAGUGUGAAAGUAGUGGUAUUUGUGUCGCACCACAUCGGCAAUGUGACGGUGUGGCUGAUUGUCUAGACGGUUCAGAUGAGGAAAAUUGUACCAGCAUUGAAUGUCCCUCUCCCGAGUAUUUCAAGUGUGAAAGUAGUGGGGCAUGUGUCCCACCAGAGUGGCAAUGUGACGGUUUUGACUAUUGUUCAGAUGGUUCAGAUGAGGAAAAUUGCCCCAGCACUGGCACUGAGUGUCCCUCGCCCGAAUAUUUUCAGUGUGAAAGCAGUAGUUUUUGUGUCCCACCAGAGUGGCAAUGUGACGGUUUUGACGAUUGUUUAGAUGGUUCAGAUGAGGAAAACUGCACCAGCAUUGAAUGUCCCUCUCCCGAGUAUUUCAAGUGUGAAAGUAGUGGUAUUUGUUUUCCUCAAUGGAAGCAAUGUAACGGGGUGGAUAAUUGUAUUGACGGUUCAGAUGAGAAAAAUUGUACAAGCAAAGAGUGCCCCUCUCCCGGGUAUUUCAAGUGUGAAAGUAGUGGUAUUUGUGUAGCACCACAUUGGCAAUGUGACGGUGAAGAUGAUUGUUCAGACGGUUCAGAUGAGAAGAAUUGCACUAGCAUGGAGUGCUACAACCCCUACGAUCUCAAUUGUAAAAGUAGUGGAGUAUGUUUCUCUUUAUGGAGGCAAUGUGACGGAUACAAUGAUUGCGAAGAUGGUUCAGAUGAGGAAAAUUGCACUAGCAAAGAGUGCUACAACCCCUAUAAUCUCAAAUGUAAAAGUAGUGGAGUUUGUUUCUCUUCGUGGAGGCAAUGUAACGGGUUGGAUGAUUGUGAAGACGGUUCAGAUGAGGACAAUUGCACUAGCAAAGAGUGCUACAACCCCUACGAUCUCAAGUGUAAAAGUAGUGGAGUAUGUUUCUCUUUAUGGAGGCAAUGUGACGGAUACAAUGAUUGCGAAGAUGGUUCAGAUGAGGAAAAUUGCACUAGCAAAGAGUGCUACAACCCAUACGAUCUCAAGUGUAAAAGUAGUGGAGUAUGUUUCUCUUCGUGGAGGCAAUGUAACGGGUUGGAUGAUUGUGAAGACGGUUCAGAUGAGGACAAUUGCACUAGCAAAGAGUGCUACAACCCAUACGAUCUCAAAUGUAAAAGUAGUGGAGUAUGUUUCUCUUUAUGGAGGCAAUGUGACGGAUACAAUGAUUGCGAAGACGGUUCAGAUGAGGAAAGUUGCACAAACCAAGGGCCGUGUGCAGAGCAGGGACUGUGGCAGUGUGACGUGUACACCCGUACAUGCAUCAACCAAACCUCCGUAUGUGACGGAAACGAGGACUGCCAGUUUGGGACAGACGAAAAGAACUGUGCCAGUGUGCCCAAAGACUGCUUUUUCACCUGCCGAGACAACGUCACCUGUCUGCCAACACGUCAGCUGGGUGACGGGCAGAAGGACUGUACGGACGGGGAGGACGAAAGACCCGGUGACGUUGAGCAGGCUCUGACCGAGAUGUGGGGCUCCUGCAGCUACAACUGUUCAUCCGUCUACGGUAACGCGUCAUGCGUCCCUGACGCGUUCAGCUGUGACGGUGACGCGGACUGUUUGGAGGAAGAAGACGAGCAGGGCUGUAUCGAACAUAUAUAUAUAAUAUAUAAUAGGGCUUCCUUGGACGGAUAUUCCUCUGGGGGAGCAGAUGGCAGCGCGGGCGAUAUGUCCACCCAAACCAGCGCCACGCGAACCGCAGGAACUACGCAAAAUUACGUAGAGACAGCGGAGUGUCCGACGUUCUACUGCGGCCUGUCCAGCUCUAUGGAACCGUCCUGUGUGCAAGAUCAUCUGAUCUGUGACGGACAACCGGACUGUACAUUGGGAGAGGACGAGCAGGGAUGCGGCAACGCGGACGACACGCCCACCCAAGCCACCAUCACGUCAACCGCAGGCACAACUACCCAAGAUUCCGGAGAGACAGCCGAGUGCCCGACGUUCUACUGCAGCCUGUCCGGCUCUACGGAUCCGUCCUGUGUGCAAGAUCAUCUGAUCUGUGACGGACAACCGGACUGUGAGUCAGGGGAGGACGAGCAGGGAUGCGGCAAGGCGGACGACACGUCCACUCAAGCCACCAUCACACCAACCGCAGGCACAACUACGCAAGAUUCCGGAGAAGAAGCCCAUUGUCCGACGUUCUACUGCAGCCUGUCCAGCUCUACGGACCUGUCAUGUGUGCAAGAUCAUCUGAUCUGUGACGGUCAACUGGACUGUGUAUUGGGAGAGGACGAGCUGGGAUGCGGCAAGGCGGACGACACGUCCACCCAAGCCACCAUCACGUCAACCGCAGGCGCAACUACCCACGAUUCCGGAGAGACAGCUGAGUGCCCGACGUUCUAUUGUGGACUGCCCGGGUCUAUGGAUCCGUCCUGUGUGCAAGAUCAUCUGAUCUGUGACGGUCAACUGGACUGUGCAUUGGGAGAGGACGAGCAGGGAUGUAGCCACGAGGACGACACAUCCACCCAAACCGACCCCACUCCGAGUAACGAGCCAGUGUCGUAUGGAGAGCAGACAGGGUUCUAUGUAGGGAACCAUGGAUCCAAGAACCAGCCUGUGGUCUGGCUGACAGCCGCCGUACUGGGCUGUCUGAUUUUCUAUCGCCAGUAUUUCUAA